CUGGGUGGUUAUUCGAGUCUGGGUGGUUAUUCGAGUCGAUUCGAUCCGAUUCGAGUCGAUUCGAGUCGAUUCGAGUCGAUUCGAGUCGAUUCGAGCCGAUUCGAGCCGAUUCGAGUCGAUUCGAGCCGAUUCGAAUCGAUUCGAAUCGAUUCGAAUCGAUUCGAAUCGAUUCGAGGCAUUUUUUUAAUUUUUCUGGGUGGUUAUUCGUGUCUGGGUGGUUAUUCGAGUCGAUUCGAUCCGAUUCGAGUCGAUUCGAGUCGAUUCGAGUCGAUUCGAAUCGAUUCGAGGCAUUUUUUUUUAAUUUUUAAUGAAAAUCUGGAAUGAAAAAUUGGGGUUUUCGCCUUCACAGUUACUUCUGGGUGGUUAUUCGAGUCGAUUCGAUCCGAUUCGAGUCGAUUCGAGUCGAUUCGAGUCGAUUCGAGUCGAUUCGAGCCGAUUCGAGCCGAUUCGAGUCGAUUCGAGCCGAUUCGAAUCGAUUCGAGCCGAUUCGAAUCGAUUCGAAUCGAUUCGAAUCGAUUCGAAUCGAUUCGAGGCAUUUUUUUUUAAUUUUUCUGGGUGGUUAUUCGAGUCUGGGUGGUUAUUCGAGUCGAUUCGAUCCGAUUCGAGUCGAUUCGAGUCGAUUCGAGUCGAUUCGAGUCGAUUCGAGCCGAUUCGAGUCGAUUCGAGUCGAUUCGAGCCGAUUCGAAUCGAUUCGAGUCGAUUCGAGUCGAUUCGAGUCGAUUCGAGUCGAUUCGAGCCGAUUCGAGCCGAUUCGAGUCGAUUCGAGCCGAUUCGAAUCGAUUCGAAUCGAUUCGAAUCGAUUCGAAUCGAUUCGAGGCAUUUUUUUUAAUUUUUCUGGGUGGUUAUUCGAGUCUGGGUGGUUAUUCGAGUCGAUUCGAUCCGAUUCGAGUCGAUUCGAGUCGAUUCGAGUCGAUUCGAGUCGAUUCGAGCCGAUUCGAGCCGAUUCGAGUCGAUUCGAGUCGAUUCGAGUCGAUUCGAGUCGAUUCGAGUCGAUUCGAGUCGAUUCGAGCCGAUUCGAGCCGAUUCGAGUCGAUUCGAGCCGAUUCGAAUCGAUUCGAAUCGAUUCGAAUCGAUUCGAAUCGAUUCGAGGCAUUUUUUUAAUUUUUCUGGGUGGUUAUUCGAGUCUGGGUGGUUAUUCGAGUCGAUUCGAUCCGAUUCGAGUCGAUUCGAGUCGAUUCGAGUCGAUUCGAGUCGAUUCGAGUCGAUUCGAGGCAUUUUUUUUUAAUUUUUCUGGGUGGUUAUUCGAGUCUGGGUGGUUAUUCGAGUCGAUUCGAUCCGAUUCGAGUCGAUUCGAGUCGAUUCGAGUCGAUUCGAGCCGAUUCGAAUCGAUUCGAAUCGAUUCGAAUCGAUUCGAAUCGAUUCGAGGCAUUUUUUUAAUUUUUCUGGGUGGUUAUUCGAGUCUGGGUGGUUAUUCGAGUCGAUUCGAUCCGAUUCGAGUCGAUUCGAGUCGAUUCGAGUCGAUUCGAGUCGAUUCGAGUCGAUUCGAGCCGAUUCGAGUCGAUUCGAGCCGAUUCGAAUCGAUUCGAAUCGAUUCGAAUCGAUUCGAAUCGAUUCGAGGCAUUUUUUUAAUUUUUCUGGGUGGUUAUUCGAGUCUGGGUGGUUAUUCGAGUCGAUUCGAUCCGAUUCGAGUCGAUUCGAGUCGAUUCGAGUCGAUUCGAGUCGAUUCGAGCCGAUUCGAGCCGAUUCGAGUCGAUUCGAGCCGAUUCGAAUCGAUUCGAAUCGAUUCGAAUCGAUUCGAAUCGAUUCGAGGCAUUUUUUUUUAA